AUGGCGGAUGACGCUCAGCUGGAUUUGUUGAACCACAAGCUGCAGCUCCAGCAGGUGGAAGCAGCUUUGGAGUUGGACAAAGAUAAUGAAGAUUUAAAAGCACUCAAACAUGAUCUUGAAGAAGUCAUUAAAUUGUCGGUGGAGUUACUAGGCAAGGCUGCUGACACUAAUGAAGUACAUUGGAACGUUGGUGACCAGUGUAUGGCAAUGUAUUAUAAAGCCACUAUUCUCGAAUUCCUCGGGGAUACGAACUGUGUGGUGAACUUCGAUGCUUACAACACCACCGAUGUUUGUCAGUUGGUGCACCUGAAACCGCUAACGACAGUUGCCCCGAUUGUGAAGAAGAAAAGUCGAGAUAUCAAAGCUCGCCAGAUUGAAAAGAAGAAACUUAAGAAACAAAAGUUGUUGCAACGUGAGGAGGAAAUCGAAGCUACCUGCGAGAGCGAAAAAAAUCGCUGGCUCAACUUCAGUAAAAAGAUGAUCAAGACCGGCAAAACAAAGAAGAGUAUUUUCGCAUCACCCGAUGCUCCAGACGGCCGUGUGGGCGUCGGCACUUGCGGCAUUGGUGGUCGUCCCAUGACCAAAUUCACCGUAUCCAAUUACAGUCGCAAAGUAUGA